CAGGAGGCAGAGAAGAUGGGUAUCCUCAGCGUAGACUUGCUGAUCACAUUGCAAAUUCUGCCAGUUUUUUUCUCCAACUGCCUCUUCCUGGCGCUCUAUGACUCGGUCAUUCUGCUCAAGCACGUGGUGCUGCUGUUGAGCCGCUCCAAGGCCACUCGCGGAGAGUGGCGGCGUAUGCUGACCUCAGAGGGACUGCGCUGUGUCUGGAAGAGCUUUCUCCUGGAUGCCUACAAACAGGUGAAAUUGGGUGAAGAUGCCCCCAAUUCCAGUGUGGUACAUGUGUCUAGUCCUGAAGGAGGUAUCAGUAGUGGAAAUGGUGCCCCGGAGAAGACAGCUGAUGGAGCUGAAUGUCACCUUCUUGACUUUGCCCAUGCUGAACGACCACUGGUGGUCAACUUCGGAUCAGCCACUUGACCACCUUUUACUAGCCAGCUGCCAGCCUUCCGCAAACUGGUGGAAGAGUUCUCAUCAGUGGCUGACUUCUUGUUGGUCUACAUUGAUGAGGCUCAUCCUUCAGAUGGUUGGGCAGUGCCUGGGGACUCCUCUUUGUCAUUUGAGGUGAAGAAGCACCGGAACUUGGAAGAUAGAUGUGCAGCAGCCCACCAGCUUCUGGAGCGUUUCUCCUUGCCGCCCCAGUGCCAAGUUGUGGCUGACUGCAUGGACAAUAAUGCCAAUGUAGCUUAUGGGGUAGCCUUUGAGCGUGUGUGCAUUGUACAGAGACAGAAAAUUGCUUAUCUAGGAGGAAAGGGCCCCUUCUGCUACAACCUUCAAGAAGUCCGGCAUUGGCUGGAGAAGAAUUUCAACAAGAUGAAUUCUAGAUUAGCUGGUUAAAGGUAUGAUUGUAAAGGAAUUUAUUAUUUUAAAAAUUAUGUAAAAGAAAGGAAAUGGAGAACUGUAUCCACUAUUUCAACUGAGUCCCAUUGCCUCAUCAAAAGACAGAAAUUUACCUGUUGGAAGAACAUAAACCUGUAACAUCUCUUUCACUACACAAAUGGCGUUGGGCUAACUAGUAGUCCUAUUACCUCUUUUUAAGUGGAAAAAAAUUCCUGAGAGAAAAGAUCUGAGUUGGAAAGGAAGAAACCUUGAUUUGGCGUGUGUUCAUUCUUCCUUGAGAAAGAUGUGAUACUGCUGAUGCAUGCUUUGGGACCAGAAGAAGAGUUAUGUGAAUAAUUACUAUGUUAGGGAAACUGCUGUCUCUGUUAAGAUGGCGUACUGCCUAACCUUUAGUCAGCAUGGAUAAAGCCCAACUAGAAAAUUCCCAAAUGGUUACUUAUAAUGCAUCCUUGAACCCAGAUCAUGUGGUUAGGACCAUGGUGUUUAAUGUGUCAGAGUAGUUCUAGCCAUGCAGUGUGCUGUGCCAGCCCCUGUAGCACACAAUUCCCAGGUGCAUUUGCAGACACCAAGAAUGAUCCCUCAACCUGGAGGGUUAGAAUGCUGAACUGAAAUCUUGCAAAUGGAGAAAGCACUAGAAGAAAAUUAAAUUGACACUCCAGGAAAGAAGAGGCAGAAUGAUUAGGAAACUUCAUAGUGUUUCACCUGGAAGCUGUAGAAAGUGAAACUAAUUUGUUGGUCACAGAAACAGAAACAUGGACAAAGCCAGAAAAAGAAAAAGUUCAACUAAAAAUAGCAUAGAGAAAAUACAUAUGAAAACAAGGUAUUCAUCACAUGCUUAUAGACUGAGGAGGAAAAGGGGAUGAAAGAGAAAAAAACCCUAAAUAUUUGUACUAAUUAUUGUUUGUGGAAAUAUUACCUUAUGAAACAUGUAUGUGGUGUGUACAUUUUUAGUGGGUGAAAUGCACAUCAUGAUACCUAUUAAAGGGGAAGC